CGGUCCAGGAGCCGCUCAGUUGUAGGGUGCAUCGUGACGUCAUCGGUCGGGUAUUUUUUGUAGAUUGGGGAUGUAGUUGUCUAUGUCCAGUCUCCUGACUGCAGCAUCCGGACGGGCCGUGUCCGCAGCUCUGUUUAUAUGCUGCGCACAGUAUCCCAGAAGGGCGUUUCUGGCUCAAAGCGUACACUGAUGGACCUGACGUCAUGGGUCAUCAUUCCCUUCCUUUUUGGCAGUAUCGGGAUCUACAGUCUGUUCAGGCUCUUGCAGAGGUUACGUAGUAGUGAUUACAUUCAAGACGCUGUUGUUGUUGUUACUGGUGCUACAUCUGGAUUAGGAAAAGAAUGCGCAAAAGUAUUUUAUAAAGCUGGUGCACAGCUUGUGCUCUGUGGGCGCAAUGAAGAAGGGUUAAAAGAUCUGAUAAAUGAGCUGUCUCUGAUACGAAAAGGAUCCAUUCAGUUUCAUAAGCCACAUAUGGUAAUAUUUGACCUCUCAGACGUGGAGGCUGUAACAAGUGCAGCAAAAGAGAUUCUUCACCUUGUGGGGAAGGUGGACAUUCUCAUUAACAAUGCAGGGAUCAGUUAUCGUGGCACAAUUCUCGACACCAAGGUUAGUGUGGACAGAAUGAUCAUGGACACAAACUAUUUUGGACCAGUCGCACUGACUAAAGCUCUUCUGCCAUCAAUGAUCAAGAAUAAAAGAGGACAUAUUGUUGCAAUCAGUAGUGUUCAAGGAAAGAUAAGCAUCCCUUUCAGAUCUGCAUAUUCAGCAUCUAAACAUGCUACCCAAGCUUUUUUUGAUUGCUUAAGGGCUGAAAUGGUGUUGCACAAUAUUCCGGUCACUGUAAUAAGUCCAGGAUAUAUUCAAACCAACCUGUCACUUAAUGCUGUGACUGAAGAUGGGUCCAAAUAUGGAGUAAUGGACAAGACAACAGAAGAAGGAAGAACACCAGAAGAGGUGGCACAAAUCGUCUUGAGAGCUGUUGGAGAAAGGAGUAAAGAUGUACUGGUAGCUGGACUGGUGCCAACACUCGCUGUGUACCUGAGGACUCUUGCUCCAAAAAUAUUUUUUUCUUUCAUGGCAGCUAGAGCUAAAAAAGAAAGGAAGCUUAAAAAUGCAUAGCAUGGCAUUCUGUCCUCCAGAAGACCAAAAGUACUAUGCCAUAAUAAAUGUAUCCUGGCGACAUGACCUGGUUACUCAGCAAA